UUUAUCCUGGUUCUCCCAGAAGCUAAUCAUAGAGAUGGCUCUGGCUUGGAAUAGAUUCUGCCCACUGCUGUUCCUGGUCCUGUGGGCAGCAGCCAUGGUCCUGGCUACUGAAAUGAUUCCCCCUGGUUUCACUCGGUUUGAAUGGUUCAAACAACAGCAUUGGCAGUUCCCCAAGGCCAAUUUCUCCAACCCCAAUGUUUAUUGCAAUAAUGAAAUGGCAAAAAGUGUCAACAAAUACAUUACCUUCUGCAAAAAGAACAAUGACUUUCUGCAUGACCAGAUCCAGAACAUCGUCAAUGUUUGCCAGCUCACUACUAUUACCUGUAAGAAUGGCAUGUUCAACUGUCAUAAUAGCUCAGCAGUGAUUUCCAUCACCAAAUGCAAUCUCAUCCAGAUUACUCCCACCUGCAGCUACCAAGGUACUGUUAACAAUUCACAUUUUGUGGUGGCCUGUAAUCCCCGCCAACCUAAUGAUACCCAAAAGGAUCCGUGGCUUCCUGUGCAUCUGGAUUAGGACCUGACCAUGUAUCACUCCCAUUCUCCAACUUGAUUCUGUGCCUCCUACUCCUUUGCUCUUCUGCUUCAGGUCUCAUUCUGCUUGUCUUUUCUGUAGCAUUUGCUCAUUUCCUAAAUUCCUAGAAUCUUCCUCUUACCAUUAACCCAGUAGUCAUUCACCUGGUUGAGGUCCUUCUGGGUCUGGAGCUCAUAUUUCUGACUGCUAAUAGCAAAAUAGUAUGGGAGGAAAGUGUUAUCAAUACUUUACUUGAUACUCAUGGAUAAGACUUAUUUUCCCUAUCCCCUACUCAUAGGAUUAUAGAUAUAAAUCUAGAAGGGACCUCAAAGACCAUCUAGGUCAAGUAGACCCAUUUUUUAGAUAAGGAACUGAGGACCUGAGAAGUUAGAUUUUUUGCUCAAGGUCACACAGGUGUGGGAAACAUCAAAUGUGGAAUUUGAACAUAGGUCCUCUGACUCAAGGGCAGAACUCCUUAACCUUUUUUGGUACUGUGGACCUCUCUAACAAUCUAGUGAGGGGGGCAGCUAGGUGGUGCAGUGGAUAGAGCACUGGCCCUGGAUUCAGGAGUACCUGAGUUCAAAUCCAGCCUUGGACACUUGACACUUACUAGCUGUGUGACCCUGGGCAAGUCACUUAACCCUCAAUGCUCUGAAAAAUAAAUUAAGAAAAAGAAAAAAAUGAAGCUGGACAACACUGUGCGAUGAUCAAUUGAUAGACUUAGCUCUUCUCAGCAAUGCAAUGAUCCAAGAUAAUUCCAAAAGAGUCAUGGUGGAAAAUGCUCUCCACAUGCAGAAAAAGAACUAUGGAUAGGGGCAGUUAGGUGGUGCAGUGGA